CUUUGUAGUUCGUAUCAUGAAAGGGCAGACUUGUCCGUCUCUGGAAUAAAAGGGACGCGCUUAGACAUUUGGGAGGUGGCGGAGCAGGCCCGAAAUUUAAAAGUCAAAACACCUUUCAAAAAGAGAAAAAGAAGAGAACAGCAAAGGUUAGUCGAUGUGCACCGGAAAAACAAGCGGGAGUCCUUAGUCACAAAUCACAAUCAACAAAUACGGAUAGGUCCAUACCCACUUCCUACUCCUUCCAAGCCGGACAUGAGCGGUGCCCUGACAUCUCUCUGUCGAGUGACUCGAGUUCGCACCUUUCCUUCUAACAGCUUCUACGCCCGAUUUCUCCCCAGGUUCUCUUGUGAUAUAUGUGCUAUGAAGCUCCUGGAGUACACCUCGCAGGCUUUCAGCCCUAUAAAUGAUUUUUUGAGGCACGUAAAUCUAGGAGCGCACUCUCUUAAAGGAUCUUUUCAAGCCUACUCUUGCAAAAACACUAAGAAAGAGAAGAAGCUGUCUCUCAGUUUGGAAAAUGAGAAUCUUCUUAAUGCGCGAGAUAGUGAAAAGGGAUUCCCAAAAUUUGGUGCAAUGCAUAUGGAUUGCAUUGGCAACUUGGUUGUUGUCAAUGUCAAUGGCAUGGAUAAUGAUAGCCUGACUUCUGCAAAAGCUGCUUGCUGCCUAUUACUAUCGGAGUGCAGCAAAGAUUAGCUCUGAGUCCUUUCAUAUUUGUGAAUUUGUCAGUCAUGGAUGAAUUCAUGAAUUCAACUAAGAGGAUCGUGGAUUCGUGGUGGAUAAUAUUUUCCGACAAUAUUAUGUUGAUUGAUGAGACAAGACUAGAAUUUGAAGCGAUGUUGGAAAUAAGGCGAAGAAUCCCGUAGAGUAAGGUUUCAGGCUGAGUCGAAUCAAAAUCGAGUAUAUGAGUGCAUGUUGCGCUGACGUGUAAGCAUACUAAAAAAUACAGCUGGCAAAAUGUGGGAGUAGACACAUAUUAAAGAUAAGAUGAGAGAGUCUCGAUUGCGGUAGUUUGACCAUCUGUGUAAAAGAUCAAGUGACACACCUACUAAAAAAAUUGAGAGAUGGGAAGAGGAAGACCUAGACAGACGUGAAUUAGAGUGAUCAAGAAUGAUAUGACACUUCUUGAUUUCGAUGAGAACAUAGCUUUGGAGAGAGCAAAGUGGAUGAAGAAUAUUUGUGUGAAGGUUUGAUCUGCUUUGGUUUGUAUCCUCGUCCCCCCAUUUUUCUAUUUAAAAUUGUUUUCAAGUCUGAUCAUAUGUUGAUUCAUAUUAGUCGACCUUGAACGCUUAUGGAAAUAAUACAUUUAUGAUGAUGAAUGAUGAUGAUGAUAUUGUUGUUGUAUCUCUAUUGCAUAUGUAGGUGUUGUAAAAGUAGCCUUCCUAUAGGAUAAUUACCCAUUGGCAGUUUAAUCAUUUUCUUUGAAUUAAACUUUGGCAAUCCAUAUGAUCCUCUCCCAGAUGCUUGAUAUCCAUCCACCGGUUGAUUAUCUAUGUUAUCGUUCCAGACGAAAGACAUUAGUUUAUCUACUCCUUACGCUGAAUCAAAUAUAUCCAGAUCAUGACAUCAGGUAACUCUGUAUGUAGAUUAUUUUUUUAAACUUGCUGAGAAGUAGGAUUAUGGGUAAUGCCACUGUCAGCUUUUUGGGCGAUAUGGCAUCCCGUUCUGUAAUCCAAUCUUACAGCCUUUGGAGAGUUGCCAAAAGGUUUGGCAGACAGUUUAGAUGAGUAUUGCUCUGGGUGGAGCUGAGAGUUCAAGUCUAUCCAUUUCCCAAAACUAAAAUCCGUCCACUUGGCUCUAUGAUUAUUAUGUGAUUUUUUUUUGUGAUACCAAAAUUUUCCAACUUUCUGGUUUAUCAGGGCAGAGGCUCACAAAUUUUUUACUGAAGAAAAUUGGGACAGUUUUACGGAGACAUUCGGUAACUUCAUGGUUGAGGCAUCGAAGGAAUGGAUUAAGACAAAUGAGGGCAGUUCUCUGAUGGAGACCUUGCGCAAGGCCUUGGAUGAGGCUGUGCAAUUAUCUGAAUGUGAAGUUUAUAGUUACAAUCCCGAGGCUGAAUUUUAUGAAAAUGGAAUCUUAUGGGCGCACCACUUCUUCUUCUACAACAAGAAAAUGAAACGCAUCGUCAGCUUCUGCUUUAGCCGUGUGAGAACCUUGGCUUUAGCCGAUGAUUUGAAUAACGAGGAAGAUUGAUGCGUGUUCUUCAUUGGCAUGGACAUGCGAAGAAGCAAGAAAGUAACACUGUCAUGUGAAGAUGUAUGCAUAAUUGCAUAUAUCUAUCACCAAUUAUUAAGAAAUUGCAAAUUCUAACUAGGUAUCUCGAUCUCUAAUCCCACAGUUCUGUUAAUAUGGAUGUAUGAAGGUUAUGAACAAACUGUGAUUACGACUGGAACUUACGUAUAUAGUACAGCAAUACCAAGGCCAAAGAGAAUGUGGGAUGAAUAGCAAAGGCCAUACAUGGUUGCCAUGUUAUUGAAUUUGAAGAUAUGACCUAGGACAGGGGUUCCUACUUCCUA